CGCCUUUCGAUUUAUCGAUCUGAUCUUCCUCCAUCAUUGUCGACGUUGCUGCCGUCUCUGCUGCUUAUCGACUUCUGAUGAACGGAAAAGGGUCGUGGUUUCCGCAACCAUCUCAAAGAUGGCCAGCAGCACGGAUACACGUGCGAGUCUCGCUAUUGCCAGAAUCAUACCUGCGCUGAUCAUCGGUCUCUUUGUCUACGUGUGUUAUGCGGUGACAAAGCAGCUGUGCAUUAACUACUUAAUUCAUCCUUCCCCACAUUACCACCAUUCUCCCCGCCUCGGUGCUGGCGUCGUCAUCAUUGUCAUAUUCUACAUCCUCCUGAUUGCAGUCCUCACCACCUACAUACGGGUUUUAUCUACCAUCAUAUGGAACACAGGCUUUCUUCCACGAGGUGCAGCAUGCAAUCUCCAGCAAAAACAAGCGGAGAAUACCGCUGCUGGCCAGCGAGAUCAUCAGAAGCAUCGAAGCAACGGACAGCAGCCAAACCCUCCACCGGAGAAAGUUGGUCAAGCCGAGCCUGAUCUCGAAAGCGGCUUAGAUUACAAAGCCGCUGGAAAAGCAUAUCCUUUUGAUGCAUAUGGUCUGGAAAGUUUCUACACGAAAGAUGUCUUUGUAUGCCAGGAGGACGGCAGACCUCGCUACUGCUCAAAAUGCUGUCAAUUCAAGACGGAUAGAGCACACCAUUGCCGCGAAGUCGAUCGAUGCGUACGGAAAAUGGAUCAUUUCUGUCCUUGGGUUGGGGGCGUCGUUUCCGAAACGUCGUAUAAGUUUUUCAUCCAAUUCGUCUUCUAUACCUCCCUAUUCUGCAUCUUCAACAUAAUUAUCACCGCUGUCUUUACGGCAGAAUUACGACAAAAUGCUGGACGUGUUAACGCUCACUGGCUUGUCGUCCUGGGCGUAUCCUGCUUCUUUGGCCUGUUCGCAUCCGGGAUGACCCUGAGUUCGCUUCAACUUGCCAUGAAUAACUUGACGACAAUCGAGAACAUAGGCCACAAGACGAAGGUCUGGACUCUGGCCGUACAUAUUCCCCGGCCACACGAUAUUGGAAUUGAUCCUGAAACACAAUGGGCCGCUACAUUCCCGACCGUUACAUAUCCGGCACCGCGAAGCUCCCCACUCCUGCGAGGGCAGGACUCGAAAUCUGAAGACCGCCGCGUUUUUGCUAUUCUCCGUACCCAACCAGGGGAGAAUCCUUGGGAUCUCGGGAGCUAUAUGAAGAACCUUCAGCAAGUCAUGGGCUAUACAGUGGCUGACUGGCUGCUACCACUCAAGCAAAGUCCGUGUGCCGAUCACAGCAGUCUAGAGAGUGCAUUUGCCCUCGGUCCUGCGAUCCAGAAAUUGAAAAGAGAAGCCGGUCUCGAACCCCCCGAGCAACCUAACGGCGCUGCCGUUAACGGGCGCAGUACGCCAGCGCCAGAACGAUACAAGAACAAAAGAGCUGAUCGCCCUUCUCGUUCAGUCCCGUCUGAAGAUCAGUCGAGUGACGGGAUCGGUCCGGCCUUGCCGCCGCAAGCCUACCGCGCUCAUCAUCAUAGCCUCCAUGGCCAUCAUGGCAGAGAGUCACAGGCAUCUUCUAGUCGUUCGCAACCAUCCGAAAUUUCUAGUCCCAGUGGAUCUGAUUAGAUCACACAGCACAUGAUAUGUGCCGACGGACACUUCCUUUCAUAAUCAUCUUUCCAAGCUCGCUAUAGAAUUCGCAUAACUGGCGUUCAGUCACCAAUGGGUUGGUCAUAUAUACAUUGCAUUGCGGUCACAACUUUCUGGGUACUAUUUCCUUGUUCUUUGCCUUUCUUUUCUUUUCUUCUUUGAUUCACUUCAAUUGUCAUUGCAUUGAGCGUUUCUGUUUUCAUGGGUCAUGGGUCAUGGGUAGCUUAGUGGGUUAGAUAGUUUAGUUUAGUUUAUAUCCAGGCUGGGAUUCGGGUCAG